UUUGUGAAGAGAAUGUAGCUGUGGAUGCAUGUGCAUGGCGGAUGACCUGAGAUUUUUCAUCAUUAGGUGUCCUUGACCUACUGCUCCAGUGCUGAAUUUUUCUUAUCAGACUUUGCCCCGAAGGGCAAACGAGGGAGAUGGCUUCACCAUAUGGACCCGCUCAAGGUGUGCCACCGCCGCCUAGGCCCCUCAGUGAAGCUCAACUCGAAGAGAAAGCCAAGAAAUGGCAGCAGUUGCAAGGAAAGCGCUAUGCCGAGAAGAGAAAGUUUGGCUUUGUCGAAGCUCAGAAGGAGGACAUGCCGCCAGAGCACAUUCGAAAGAUUGUGCGCGACCACGGCGAUAUGACCAACCGCAAGUUUCGCCACGACAAGCGUGUCUAUCUCGGUGCCUUGAAGUACAUGCCUCACGCCAUUCUCAAGCUGCUUGAGAACAUGCCCAUGCCAUGGGAGCAGAUCCGCGAUGUCAAGGUCAUCUACCACAUCACCGGCGCCAUCACGUUUGUCAACGAGAUCCCGUUCGUUGUCGAGCCAAUUUACAUUGCCCAGUGGGGAACCAUGUGGGUGAUGAUGAGGCGUGAGAAGCGCGACCGUCGCCACUUUAAGAGGAUGCGCUUCCCGCCGUUUGACGACGAGGAAAUGGCGCUUGAUUAUGCUGACAACAUUCUGGAUGUGGAGCCACUAGAGCCCAUUCAGAUUGAGCUCGACGAGGAUGAGGAUGCUGCCGUGUGUGAGUGGUUCUAUGACCACAAACCUCUGGUGGACACGAAGAUGGUGAACGGAUCAACAUACAGGAGGUGGAACAUAACACUGCCAGUGAUGUCCAAUCUCUACCGUCUUGCCGGCCAGUUGCUGACAGAUCUGGUGGACAGCAACUACUUCUACUUGUUUGACAUGAAGUCGUUCUUCACGUCAAAGGCACUGAACCAAGCCGUUCCCGGUGGGCCCAAGUUCGAGCCACUGGUGCGCGAAAACCUUCUGGAUGAGGACUGGAACGAGUUCAACGACAUCAACAAGAUUAUCAUUCGCCAGCCCAUCCGGACGGAGUACAGGAUUGCUUUCCCGUACCUGUACAACAGCUUGCCACACAAGGUGCACCUGUCCUGGUACCACGAGCCAAAUGUGGUCUUCAUCAAGACUGAGGAUCCCGACUUGCCCGCAUUUUACUUUGAUCCGCUGAUCAAUCCGAUAGCGCAGCGUGGUGAUCUGAAGUUUGUGGAGCCACAACCCGAUGAGAACGAGGAGUUUGUCCUGCCCGAUUUCGUCGAGCCAUUCCUUGGUGACUACCCACUCUACACGGAUAACACAGCCAACGGCAUUGCUUUGCUGUGGGCUCCUCGCCCAUUCAACCUGCGCUGCGGUCGCACACGUCGUGCCAUUGACAUUCCCCUGGUGAAUGACUGGUAUCGUGAACAUUGUCCCCCGGGACAGCCAGUAAAAGUGCGCGUCUCCUAUCAGAAACUGUUGAAGUGCUACGUUCUCAAUGCAUUGAAGCGCAGAAAGCCAAAGGGCCUCAAGAAGCGGUAUUUAUUCCGUUCGUUCUUGUCGACAAAGUUCUUCCAGUCGACUAAGCUUGACUGGGUCGAGGCUGGUCUGCAGGUGUGCCGACAGGGCUACAACAUGCUCAACUUGCUCAUUCACCGAAAGAGUCUCAACUACUUGCAUCUGGACUACAAUUUCAACCUGAAGCCAACCAAGACGCUCACCACCAAAGAAAGAAAGAAGUCGCGUUUCGGAAACGCCUUCCAUUUGUGUCGUGAGAUCUUGCGUCUGACCAAGCUCGUUGUUGACUCGCAUGUCCAGUAUCGCCUUGGCAACUUGGAUGCUUUUCAGUUGUCAGAUGGUCUUCAGUAUAUCUUCGCUCACGUCGGCCAGCUGACUGGUAUGUAUCGUUACAAGUACAAGCUCAUGAGACAGAUCCGCAUGUGCAAGGAUCUGAAGCAUCUCAUCUACUACCGAUUCAACACGGGUCCUGUGGGAAAGGGUCCCGGCUGUGGAGUGUGGGCGCCUGGCUGGCGUGUCUGGGUCUUCUUCACCCGCGGUAUUGUACCGUUGCUGGAGCGUUGGCUGGGCAACCUGCUUUCGCGUCAGUUCGAGGGUCGUCACAGCAAGGGUGUUGCCAAGACCGUCACCAAGCAGCGUGUGGAGAGUCACUUUGACCUGGAACUUCGCGCAGCUGUUAUGCAUGACAUCUUGGACAUGAUGCCAGAAGGAAUCAAGCAGAACAAGGCCAAGACAAUCUUGCAGCACUUGAGCGAGGCGUGGCGUUGCUGGAAGGCGAAUAUUCCGUGGAAGGUACCCGGUCUGCCGACACCUAUCGAGAACAUGAUCCUGCGGUACGUCAAGUCGAAAGCAGACUGGUGGACAAACACAUCUCACUACAACCGUGAGCGUAUCCGCCGUGGUGCAACUGUUGACAAGACGGUGUGCAAGAAGAACCUGGGACGUCUGACCCGUCUCUACCUGAAGGCCGAGCAGGAGCGACAGCACAACUACUUGAAGGACGGUCCGUAUGUGUCCGCCGAGGAAGCCGUCGCCAUCUUCACCACCAUGGUCCACUGGCUGGAAAGCCGGCGCUUCUCGCCAAUCCCUUUCCCGCCGCUCUCCUACAAGCAUGACACCAAGCUGCUCAUUCUCUGCUUGGAACGUCUCAAAGAGGCAUACCAUGUCCAGAGUCGUCUUAAUCAGUCGCAGCGUGAAGAGCUGGCACUUAUUGAGCAGGCGUACGACAACCCUCACGAGGCGUUGUCCCGUAUCAAGCGUCACCUCCUCACACAGCGUGCUUUCAAGGAGGUUGGCAUAGAGUUCAUGGAUCUGUACAGCCACAUUGUUCCUGCGUAUGAUGUGGAGCCACUGGAGAAGAUCACCGAUGCCUACCUGGACCAGUAUCUCUGGUACGAAGCAGACAAGCGGCGUUUGUUCCCACCGUGGAUCAAGCCGGGCGAUUCCGAGCCUCCUCCACUGCUAGUCUACAAGUGGUGCAAUGGCAUCAACAACUUGCAGGAGGUGUGGGAAUACAAUGAGGGCGAAUGCAACGUUCUGCUGCAGAGCAAGUUUGACAAGAUGUACGAGAAGAUCGACUUGACGCUGAUGAACCGACUGCUGCGUCUGAUCGUGGAUCACAACAUUGCUGACUACAUGACGGCCAAGAACAACGUGGUCAUCACCUACAAGGACAUGAACCACACCAACUCUUACGGUAUCCUGCGUGGUCUGCAGUUUGCCACUUUCAUCACGCAGUACUACGGCUUGGUGCUGGACCUGCUGCUGCUGGGUCUGCAGCGUGCCAGCGAAAUGGCCGGCCCUCCGCAGCUGCCCAACGACUUCUUGACGUUCCAGGAUGUACCAACUGAAACCAGCCAUCCUAUUCGUCUGUACUGCCGAUAUGUUGACAAGAUCUACAUGUACUUCAGGUUCUCUGCCGAUGAGUCCCGUGACCUGAUCCAGCGUUUCCUGACCGAGCAUCCCGAUCCAAACAAUGAGAACAUCGUCGGCUACAACAACAAGAAGUGCUGGCCCCGAGAUGCACGCAUGCGCCUGAUGAAGCACGACGUCAACCUUGGCCGUGCUGUCUUCUGGGACAUGAAGAACCGCUUGCCCCGCUCCAUCACCACACUGCUGUGGGAUAACAGCUUUGUCAGUGUCUACAGCAAGGACAACCCCAACUUGCUUUUCAACAUGUCGGGCUUUGAGUGCCGCAUUUUGCCGAAGAUGCGCGCACCGUUUGAGGAGGUGGCCACACGUGACGGCGUCUGGCAUUUGCAGAACGAGGUCACCAAAGAACGUACGGCGACGUGCUACCUGCGUGUGGAAGAGGAGCACAUUGGUAGCUUCCACAACCGUAUCCGUCAGAUUCUGAUGGCAUCCGGAUCAACGACGUUCACUAAGAUCAUCAACAAGUGGAACACGGCUCUCAUUGGCUUGAUGACAUACUUCCGUGAGGCCGUUGUCAACACUCAGGAACUUCUCGACUUGCUGGUCAAGUGUGAGAACAAGAUCCAAACGCGUGUGAAGAUUGGUUUGAACAGUAAGAUGCCCAGUCGUUUCCCGCCAGUGGUCUUCUACACACCCAAGGAACUCGGUGGUCUUGGCAUGUUGUCCAUGGGACAUGUGCUCAUUCCUCAGUCUGAUCUUAGAUGGUGCAAACAGACGGACACAGGCAUCACUCACUUCCGCUCUGGUCUCAGCCACGAGCAGGACCAGCUGAUUCCCAAUCUGUACCGCUACAUUCAGGCUUGGGAGGCCGAGUUCAUCGACUCGCAGCGUGUCUGGGCCGAGUACGCUCUCAAGAGGAAAGAUGCCAAUGCACAGAACAGACGUCUUACUCUUGAGGAUCUGGAAGACUCCUGGGACCGUGGUAUUCCACGUAUCAACACUCUGUUCCAGAAGGACCGGCACACCCUGGCGUAUGACAAGGGAUGGCGUGUGCGCUGUGAAUUCAAGCAGUUCAAUCAAUGCAAGCACAUCUCGUUCUGGUGGACUCACCAGCGUCACGACGGCAAGCUAUGGAACUUGAACAACUACCGCUCGGACAUGAUCCAAGCCCUGGGUGGCGUGGAAGGUAUCCUUGAGCACACGCUCUUCAAGGGCACCUACUUCCCAACCUGGGAGGGUCUCUUCUGGGAGAAGUCCAGCACAUUUGAGGAGUCCAUGAAGUACAAGAAGCUGACCAAUGCCCAGAGGUCUGGUCUGAAUCAGAUCCCGAACCGCCGCUUCACACUCUGGUGGUCACCCACUAUCAACAGAGCCAACGUGUACGUUGGUUUCCAAGUACAGCUCGACUUGACUGGUAUCUUCAUGCACGGCAAGAUUCCAACGCUGAAGAUUUCCCUCAUUCAGAUCUUCCGUGCUCAUUUGUGGCAGAAGGUUCACGAGAGCAUCGUGAUGGACUUGUGUCAGGUAUUUGACAAUGAACUGGACGCCUUAGAGAUCAACACAGUCCAAAAGGAGACAAUCCAUCCGAGAAAGUCCUACAAGAUGAACAGCUCCUGUGCAGACAUUCUGCUCUUUGCUUCGUACCGUUGGAAUGUCUCUAAGCCAUCGCUCAUCGCCGACACCAAGGACACGAUGGACAGCACAUCAACUCAGAAGUACUGGGUGGACGUUCAGCUGCGAUGGGGCGACUACGACUCGCACGACAUUGAGCGCUACGCCAGGGCCAAGUUCCUGGACUAUACCACCGACAACAUGAGUAUCUACCCGAGCCCGACUGGUGUGCUGAUUGCGUUUGACCUGGCCUACAACCUGUACAGCGCGUUUGGCCACUGGUUCCCGGGUAUGAAGGUGCUCAUCCAGCAGGCGCUGGCCAAGAUCAUGAAGGCCAACCCUGCGCUGUACGUGCUGCGUGAGCGCAUCCGCAAGGCCCUGCAGCUCUACAGCUCCGAGCCCACUGAGCCGUACCUGUCGUCGCAGAACUACGGCGAGCUCUUCUCCAACCAGAUCAUCUGGUUUGUCGACGACACGAACGUGUACCGUGUAACCAUUCACAAGACAUUUGAAGGUAACUUGACGACUAAGCCGAUCAACGGCGCCAUCUUCAUCUUCAACCCUCGCACUGGACAGCUCUUCCUGAAGAUCAUUCACACCAAGGUCUGGGCGGGACAGAAGCGUCUCAGUCAGUUGGCAAAGUGGAAGACAGCUGAAGAAGUCGCUGCCUUGAUUCGAUCUCUACCAGUAGAGGAGCAGCCUAAACAGAUCAUCGUGACAAGAAAGGCUAUGUUGGAUCCACUUGAGGUUCACUUGCUGGACUUCCCGAACAUUGUCAUCAAGGGUAGCGAGCUGCAGCUUCCUUUCCAAGCCUGUCUGAAGGUUGAGAAGCUCGGUGACUUGAUUUUGAAGGCCACUGAGCCGCAGAUGGUGCUGUUCAAUCUUUACGACGACUGGCUGAAGAGCGUCUCAUCGUACACGGCCUUCUCUCGUUUGAUCCUGAUUCUGCGUGCUCUUCAUGUCAAUAACGAGCGCACCAAGGUCAUUCUGAAGCCGGACAAGACCACAGUUACCGAGUCCCAUCACAUCUGGCCCACACUCAAUGAUGAGGAGUGGAUGCGUGUUGAGUUGGCACUGAAGGACUUGAUCUUGGCUGAUUAUGGCAAGAAGAACAAUGUCAACGUUGCCUCGCUGACCCAGUCUGAAAUCCGUGACAUCAUCCUGGGUAUGGAGAUCUCCGCGCCGUCACAGCAGCGACAGCAGAUCGCCGAAAUUGAGAAGCAGACCAAGGAGCAGUCUCAGCUGACGGCGACGACAACGCGUACGGUCAACGUACACGGUGACGAGAUCAUCUCGACCACCACGUCCAACUACGAGACGGCCACAUUUGCCUCGAAGACGGACUGGCGUGUGCGUGCCAUCUCCGCCACCAAUCUUCAUCUGCGAACCGGUCAUAUCUAUGUGUCGUCUGAUGACAUCAAGGAGACCGGCUUCACCUACGUCCUGCCGAAGAACAUUCUCAAGAAGUUCAUCACAAUCUCAGAUCUGCGAACACAGAUCGCUGGUUAUCUGUAUGGUAUCAGUCCACCAGACAAUCCCCAGGUGAAGGAGGUGCGCUGUAUCGUGAUGGUGCCGCAGUGGGGAACCCACCAGACGGUCCACUUGCCAAAUCAGCUGCCGCAGCACGAAUACCUCAAGGAGCUUGAGCCACUCGGCUGGGUGCACACUCAGCCCAACGAGCUGCCACAGCUGUCGCCGCAGGACGUCACUCUGCAUGCGCGUGUCAUGUCCGACAACCCGACCUGGGACGGCGAGAAGACGAUCAUGAUGACUUGCAGCUUCACGCCCGGCUCCUGCUCCCUGGCCGCGUAUAAGCUGACACCGUCCGGCUUUGAGUGGGGCCGAGCCAACAAGGACACGAGCAGCAAUCCACACGGCUACAUGCCGUCGCAUUAUGAGCGUGUACAGAUGCUGCUGUCUGACCGCUUCCUCGGCUUCUUCAUGACGCCAUCCGGUGGACCGUGGAAUUUCAAUUUCAUGGGUGUCCGUCAUUCGGCUACUAUGCGCUACGAACUGCAGUUGUCCAACCCGAAGGAGUUUUAUCACGAGUCUCACCGCCCAGCUCACUUCCUCAACUUCAGUGGUCUGGAGGAAGGAGAGGUUAUGACAUAUGACCGAGAAGACCACUUUGCAUGAGCAGUGUGUGUUUCCUCUGCUGGUUUGGUUUCAAUUUUGAUUUUAUUUCCCAUUGCCUUGAUUCAUCUAGUCUCAUGUGCCCAGAGGUUUGUCCUGUCUCGUCCAGACUCGGGCAGACAGCUAUUUGUGUGUGUCGGUGCAUGUGUGUAUGUGCCUGUGCUCGAGCUUGUAAAUGCUGUUGUUAUUGCUGUAGCGAAUAAAUUCUCUGCCGUGUCCUGCCUUCGGUUUGUCUCGCUUCCGUUACUCUUGCCUGCUUGCUGUUUGUAUGUGUUUGUGAAUGCUGAUGCGAUAACAAGCAACCUCCGGAUUCCUUUUCGCAUAUUUUUGUUUUCCAACCCUCCAUGUACCAUGAAAACAUAGUUCUCACUCAGAAGCUGUCGUCCUCGUCUCUUGUCUUGUUCAGCUUCGCGCUCACUCCGUAUGAUUGCCUCUUUACUUGAGAGUGCAUCGGCCAUAAGUCUCUUGGACUUCAUACAAUGAUAAUAAAACGUUCAUAACACAUUA